AUGGCUCACCAAGACGGCGCAAAUGCCGCUUCCGACACUCCCUCUUCCCACAGAUUGCCAACGGUAUCCGCGUCGCAAGCACUUCAUAAACUUAAGAGCGGGGGUUCGCGAGCGAUAUCCACCGGCCUUGCGCAACUCGAUGCGCAACUCGUUCCGCGUGCCCUCGGAAGCCAGCCCGCAACGAACACUAUCCGCGGUGGACUUGGUCGCGGGCAGGUGACGGAAAUAUAUGGCCCUCCAGGAGUGGGCAAGACGGUGUUUGGUCUUCAGGCUUGCAAAACAGUUCUCAAUUCGGGCACCCAUGCCGUUUGGAUAGAUGCGGGGGCGCCGCUCGCAAAGCCACGCUUGAAGGAGAUGCUCUCUACACCUCAAAUCCAUAUCAGGAACGGGAUUAGUUCUUCAGCGCCAGCUUCUACGAGCACUCCUUUGGAUAAACUGUUGGGUAAUUUCCAUCAUUACUCCACUCACACACUAGCACACUUGCUUGUGCUCUGCAUCCACACACCCUCCUUUCCGCCGCCAGGGACGAGCAUAGUGGUGAUCGACUCCCUGUCGACACUGUUUGAUAAUGCUUAUCCCCGCACCAAUGACCCGUCCAAGGCGAAGCCUAGCGACGCGCGAUGGGCAGCCGGACGUAGGUAUGCUGUGAUGAACGACCUGAUCUCCAAACUUGGAAAGAUGGCGGCUGUACGCGACAUCACAAUUCUCCUAACCAACCAAGUCGUUACGAGGUUUGGUUCGGGCCAUGGCUUAGUACCUGCAAUGGCUAGUAUGGAAUGGGACAAUGGCAUUGCAAAUCGCAUGGUCCUAUUUAGGGACUGGCCUCCUGAGCAGGAUAAACUGUCCGAUGUUGAUGAAGAAAGAAGCAAGCGGAUUAGGUUCGUCGGUCUUGUCAAGGCUGGCGGAAUAGCACUCGGAGAACCAGAUGGCCUAGGUGCUAUUGUGCCUUUUACUGUCGAGCGCUCAGGUCUGUCAGACGUUUCUCUCGCAUCCGUGGAGCUGCCUGUCCAACCGUUGGCGUCUCCAGCACCAGUCCGGACCAGCAAACGGAGCUAUGCCGAAGUUGCAGAUUCCGAUGACGAACUCGGUUCCGAUGAGUUGUACGGCUGGGAUGAAGAAGACGCACUCGCUACUGAAGGUCUCAUCGACGAGGCAGCUUUAGUGGUAGACUUGACGAAAGACAGCCCUCACAAAAAAAGAGCCAGCGACAAUGAUUGA